UUUAGACACCGCAACAUUGAUCUGCUGCUUUGUGUGCGUUUUUCGGAUGAUGAUUGUCUGAAGUCUGUUAAUUAAUUAUAUCGAAAAGAUAUUUUAUCUGUCAAAAGAAUAAAAUAUGCAGUGGUUGGCGAGUUUUGAAAGUUCUUUUCAUCUCUACGAUUCUACAGUUUUUCUUAUUGUUACAAUCAUUGGAUUAGCUGGAUUUUGGUGGUCUUUAAAUAUUGCAGAUUUCUGCAAAAACACAGCGAAAACAAUUAAAUUAGCUGCCACAUUGCCUGGUCCACCUGUUUUUCCGUUGAUUGGCAAUGCAUUAAAGUUGGCAUGUUAUCCAGAAAAAAUAUUAGAUAGAUUUCUUGAGCUGGCGCGUAACUAUCAGACACCAAUGCGAUUUUGGUUGGGACCACAAAUACUAAUAGUUUUAUCUGAGCCACGUGAUUACGAGGUAAUAUUAGGCUGUCGAGAGGGAAGUUACAAACAUGAAAUAUAUCAUGUUGCCAAGCCUCUGUUUGGCCAAGGUUUACUUACAGGAUCAGGUCCAAGACACAGAAAUCAUCGAAAAGUGAUAUUACCUAUGCUAAAUAACAAAGCUCUAACUGAAUACUUUGCAUAUUUUAAUAAACAUAGCUUGUUCUGCUCAAAAUUGCUUGAUAAAAAAGUAAAUACUGGACCGUUCAAUAUUCAUGAAUUUAUGACGAAUUGCUCUUAUGAUAUCGUUUUUGAAACUAUCCUAGGAUUAUCGGCAAAUGCACAAAAAGAGAAGCCAAGAGAAAUUAUUCAUUGGAUUAAAACUAUGCAUGAGCUUAUGUAUACGAGAGCUUUUAAAGUGUGGUUACAUCCAGAUUGGUUGUACUAUCGAGUCAGCGCUGGAAAAAAGCAAAGACAAUCUGAAAUAUUUAUUCGAAAUUUUAUAGAAGAUGCAGUAGCUCGGACAAAAGAGCGGUAUUAUGCUGAGAAAAAGAAAGGCAUCUCAGAGAGUACAAAGUUUGUAUUUCUUGAACAGUUAGUCGAUUAUGUAAUUACGAAUAAUUUUAUGACUAACAGUGAAAUGUGCGAAGAACUUUUUACAGUUUUCUUAGCCGUAGAGGACACGACAUCUUUGUGCACUUCGUUUGCAUUUUUAAUGUUGGCAAUGCAUCCAGACAUUCAAAUUAAGGUGCGCGAAGAAAUACAAUCAGUCAUAGGAGAUAAAUCGAUGAAGAUCGAACAUCUUGCAAAUCUAAAAUAUCUGGAAAUGGUCAUCAAGGAAUGUUUGCGACUUUUCCCUAUUGGACCAAUCUUACUUCGACGCUUAGCAGGAGAUGUUGAAUUAGAAACGUGCACUUUACCAAAGGGAUGUGCUGUAUUGCUGGCACCAUUCGUAACUCAUCGUAGUAAAAAAUUUUGGACUGAUCCGGAAAAAUUUAUUCCCGAAAGAUUUUCAACGGAAAAUUCAGUUGCGAGACAUCCAUUUGCGUACCUUCCAUUCAGCAGCGGUAUACGCGGAUGCAUCGGUCAAAAAUAUGCGAUGAUGGUUUCGAAAACAAUAAUCGUUAACAUCAUUCGGAGCUUUCACCUGUUCACAGCCGUAACCCUUGAAACUCUUAGUUUGAAAAUGGACGUAUCCGUUCGUUCGAAAGACGGUUACUUUGUUUCAUUGACGCGCGUAUCGUAAAUUAACGCCAUGUAACAUUUCUUUUCCUAUGAACUAUUUAUACUAUGAACAUCACGAGUGUUACUUUACAACUUUUACAGUAAAAGAAAUAGAUUUCCAAAUGUUUGAAAUAUGAUUUUCUUCUGUAGUUUUAUUUUCAGAUGUGGGGAUUUAGUGCGUACGAAGGGGGAAAGUGUAAGCAGAUGCAUACUUACUGAACAUUAUCAACUCGUGCAGUUACCUAGUGCUAAUUGAGCGGCGGUUGUUCUAACACCCCUUGGCAAAAAGUUGACGCACUCGUAUGGGCACGAUCAUUGUUUCGCACUUAAGGUGCCGACUGCAGGUGUCGGCAGACUGAUACACGUAACUCAUUCACACGAACAUGCAUACUUCGUACUUACACCUACGCGCAUAAGCCCCGUUUGCAGAAUUAAAAAACUAAAGAUAUAUUAGAGAAUAUACAAUAGAUUUAGAACGCGAUAGUCAUGUGAAAUUUAUAAAUCUUGUAAACAGAGAAUAGAUUAGAUAAAACUUGAUCUGUGGAAUGCACCUACACAGAUAAGACCUGCCUGUUCGUAUCUAGUUUCGUGUCACUGUAUAGUUCAGUUUAGUGGCUUCCCGGCCGCCUGGCUGUUGGUUGUUAGGAAGUGUUACGGAAAAAAGUCACCGUUGAGUGAGCGCUUUUUUUUUCAAUUUAUUUUUCAAAUCAAUUAUUUAUGAGAAAUAUCUAAUUUUCGCUUAAAUAUUAUGCAUACAUCAUUAAAAAAAAUAUGAAUUGGGCGUGCUGUGAGCGAUUGAGACAAGAUUAUUAUCAAUCUACCUGUACGUACUUUUUUUAUAAUUUUAUAAUAGGAACG